ACCCCUACGGUGGCCUGGGCGGGUUGUGUCAUCUGAGUGGAAAAGUCGUUGUGGUAGUUUCGGUUCCCGUCUCCUCAGUGCGCCUUGGCUGGAGAAGGCGGCUUCCCCGGCUCGUGGCCAUCAUGGACCGAUAUGAUAAAACGGCGCUGAACGCGCUGGCGCCGCCUGAGCCUAGAACAGAAGGUUCGUUAGCAGCCACUCUAAGGACACUUCUCUUCUUCACAACUUUAAUGAUUUUGCUGCCCAUUGGACUGUAUUUCUCAUCCAAGGUGUAUGUAUUUGAAGACACCCUUGGAAUGUCCAACAGGGACAGCUAUUUUUAUGCUGCUAUAGUUGCUGUGGUUGCUGUUCAUGUUGUGCUUGCCCUUUUUGUCUACGUUGCAUGGAACGAAGGCUCACAGCAGUGGCGUGAAGGCAAGCAGGACUAAAGUCAGCAUUGCACGCUGUCACACAAAGGAACACUUGGCAGACGGAGUGCAGUCUCAAAGAGUACAUUGUAAUGAUGUGUAGAGGUCGAGGCGUCUAAGUUCCAAACAUUCUCCUUUGCUGAGUAGUACAAGAUUUGCUGCUCCCCGUAGUCCCGUAGCUUGUCUAACAAUAGCUGUGAAUUCACUGAAUGCAAAAUUUGCCUGUUGGGAAGAAGAGUCACAGUGUAAGAGAAGGGAAUUUUUGAUCCUACAAAUUGAUUUCAGGUGACAUAUUUAGUUUUCUUUCUGUUAAGCUGUCAAGAACAAUGACUAGAUCCACAUCUGGACAAUUCAAAAAAUAAAACUGGUGAAUUGAGAAUUUCAAAUGUUUCCACUAAGAGUCUGGCUUGCAAAUGGAUGAAAGUGAUGUAGAUUUGAUUCCUUAGUCUUUUAGUUUGAGCAUACGUAGGAGGUCCUUGACUGAUUCUAGUCUUUCCAUCCCUUUUUUGAAAGGAAAGUGAUGAUAUAUCUGUGUCUUGUCCAUCAGUUUGAGAGUCUGCCACCUCAUAAAUUCAGACUUAUGUUUCUGCGUGGUAGUUCAUCGCAUAAGAUGCCCUGCCAUCCAAAGAGCAAGGUGUGUUAAACGCAGUGAUCCUUGUUUCCAAGAUACACUUUUUUCCCAAUGAUAGGAUGUUUGGAAACGUCUCUCCAUUUUAUAUUUAGUCUCUCAAGACACGGUAGAUUGUUUAAGAGUAACAUUGACAUAGAUGAUGGUAUUCCAGAACCAGAAGUAUGUGUUGGGUGCUGAGACCUGCAAUGUGCUUUUUAAAAAAGAUCUGCUUGAUUUGUGUUGACACUCUACUCCUGUUGUUUUUAACAUCAUUGCAAUAGUAACAUCAUUUCCCAUUGUCACCUCACUCAACAGCUUGCAUGGACAACACUCAGCUUCUUAGCAGUGUAGUGAGGCUUCCUGUCUCUUUUGCAGGCCCAAACCUGGUCUUGCUGCUUUAAAAUAAUUGUAGACUCUCAAGUGCUUUUGCAGCUUUUGAAAUCAUGGAGAAAGUGUAUCAGACAGUUGGUACAGAUAGAUACAAUUGAAUCCUGGAAUUCAUCUUGAGCAAACUGAGUGGCACUGUCCACAGAUAUUUUCACUCUGCUAGUUCUUAGUGUCCACUUAGCAUAGUUUAUUGUAGAAUCAAGUGGUGAAGGCCUCUUCCUGUGCUGAUAGGGCACAUUUGACUUUUUUGGUUUCCUAAAGAAAUGUUAUUAGCAUCAGUUUCUUUAAAAGCCUCAUAUAUGAAGCUGUUAUUUGGUAAUUUUCAUUGGUGGUAUACUCAAGAAUGGACUUGUAACCAUUUUGAGUUGCAAGCUUAUUUUGUCUUUUUAAUACAAUGUAAUAGUGGGUCCAAGUAAAUGCAGAUAUUGAACUCUUUGCUCAGUGUGCAAUUAACUUGCGGAAUUCACUGCCACAGGAAACAGUGAUGGACACUGAUUUAAAUUCAUGAAUAGGCCCAUAGAUGGCUUUUAACUGUGACGACUUCCUUGAACUUCCAUGUUCAGUGGCAAUUUACCUCUGAAUACCAGUCACUUGGGGCAACGGGGAAGUUUCGGACUUCUAAGUACAUCUGAUUGGCUACUGUUUUAAAGGGUGUAUCAGACUAGAUAUAAUAUUGGUGUAUGAUCCAGAAGGACUGUUAUGUUAUUGUUUCUGUAUCAUUGCUUGUAAAAUGGAUAUGUUGCAAUGGGUCCAUUAUUCAUGCUAUUAUAUUCCAGAUGACUUUCUUUGAUAUUAAUUAUGAGGUAAAUGGGUAUCCUAGGUUCUCUCUGUUAUAUAUUUGCAUUAAACACAAGACAACAAGAAUGCAUUUCCUUCAGAUAAGAACUGCCCACAGCCAAGACAUGAUGUAACAUUCAUAGCAAGCUUGAUGUCUGAGACAGUAUUUUUCUUAUGUGACUAUUGUUUUCUGUUUUUAAUAACUAUUUCCUUAUAGCUGCCAGAGCUCUUUUAUGUAGAUCAGGAUUUCAAAUGCUAAAGAGAAUUUGUGGGCCAUUUCCCUCCCCCACCUCCGUCAUUAUAACAGUCCGUGUGCAUGAUAUUUUAAAUUGUUUCUUUAUUUUGUAGUGGUGAGCAAUUGCUGGGGCCCAGAACCAUUUCACAUAUAUUUUUAUUUUAUUCAUUGAAAAUAUUUAAAUCCUAACAUGCCUCUCUAAAAUUCAAAGGAGAGUACAAAUAUAUUUACAGCAUCACAGAUUUACAAUUUGGUGUACUGGUUAAGAGAAGUGGGACUCUAAUCUGGAGAGCUGGGUUUGAUUCCCCACUCCUCCACUUGAAGCCAGCUGGGUGACCUUGGGUCAGUCACAGUUCUCUGUAGCUCUUUCAGCCCCACCCACCUCACAGGGUGAUUGUUGUGGGGAUAAUAAUGACAUACUUUGUAAACUGCUCUGAGUGGGUGUUAAGUUGUCCUGAAGGACGGUAUAUAAAUUUAAUGUUGUUAUUAUUAUUAUUAUUAUUAAAUCAUAUUAAAAUUAAAAUAACCAUUAAGUUAACUUAAAACACAGUCAAAAUAUAUAGCAGCAUUUCAGUCUCAACACCAUAAAUGUAUCUCAACAGUCAAAAGGCCAGAAGACAUCUGAAGGAAAUUAAACAAUCCAAGGGAGAAGCAAAGUCAUAGUCAAAACAUAUUAAAUCAAAUGCAGGACAAAGAAAAGGUAUUACUAUAUACAGAUGAAAGAGAUGCAGAAAAAAAUGCAAUGAGAUGCUGAAAAAAACUCAAGCCCCAUAAGCAUUAUGCCACCCCUGAGAAGGCAAACUCGGCCUCGUCUGUCUACUGCAAAAGGUAAAAACUCUCAGAAGGGCUUCCUGCAAGUAUUUUAACACAUUUAAAACUUGAAUUUAUCAGUCACUUCUCCAAAUAUUCAAAUAUCUGUUUGAAUGCAAGUUCAGGGAGCUGAGUAUUGGCAGUUGUCUUUGGGUUGAAGGUGCUGUCUUCGUUUCUUAGUUGCCCUCUGUUUGUUGCGCAGCAAAAAUGUGCCACCAGCCAGCUAGCAGAACCCUGACACAUGAAUAAGGGUUAGAUUUGUGUCAGGCCUCAGAGAUGCAUCUCUUGAUAGCUGUCGCUCAAAUGGCACGAGAAUAAAAAGUCAAAUAGUUUGAAAUGCAGCCUUUGACCUUAUUUCCAACUUCAACAAUAAGGAUGUUUUCUUGGGGUUUUGUUAAAAGACUGCCCAUAAAAAGUGAGGCAUGAACUGGCUAAAAAUGCCGAAUGUUCAGUGUUUCUUACUGCCCUGUCUUUUCUCUUUAUGGCCCUCCAAACCUGUCCAAAACCACUUACAAGAGACCAGAACUGAAAAUACAACAAAUUACAGAGAUUUAAAAAAAAAUCACACAGAGUCUGGAAUAAACAACAGGUUGAGAAGUGUCAGGCAAUCAUAUGCCCUUUGCAAAAGAACAGCUUUAAGGAGGGAGCAGUAUACCAGGGCAGGCUUAUACAGGAAGUGAUGGUCUCUCAAGUUUGUGGGUCUUAGACCCCUUUGGGAGCAAGUCUGUGACAGAAAGCCUUCCCUCUUGUUGAUUGAAAGGGGGUGUGAGGAGAGAGGCUUCCACAGAUGCCCCUGUAUCCCCAAGCCAAGCAUGUUGGAGAGAGGGAAGCCCCUUCCACUCUAAACAGUGAACAGUGUUGAAGAGCAUUCUACAAAUAAGCUCAUAACAUGUCAUAGGCAGAAAGAUCAUGCAAAUCCACUCUCACAUUAUCCUGACCAUGCAGUGAAGCAUGGCAGGUUCACCACAUCUGCUGCUCAGCAAGACACAGCCCCAAGACUGUAUUAGAAAACCAGGAGCUAUGCAUGGUUUUGAGGCAGGAGUGCUAUCCCUUUAUCACAUGGGUAAACUCAGGUUACAUUCCCUGAACUCAGGUUUUGGUCUGAUUUCAGGGUAGUGCCAGUUGACCCUCAAAUUCUGGGCUACCUCCAAUUUCCUUAAGUAUUGUCUACUAAAAAAAAAACCCAUAGUGGUUUAGAUGAGCUCUCUGAAAUUGCUUCUUAUUUUACACUGUGACUUCCACUAUGAUUUUCCUUUCUUUUUUUUGCUACCAGUUGACCUCAUUUAUAAUUGCCACCCCUUCUCUUACGGUGUUUUGAAUGGGAAUGGAGGAGCUUUUAUGGGGAUCUGAACGGAAAUGCUCUCUGAAGGGCCUGACCAUUCUCCUGAGCGUGCUUGGCAUCAUUAGCUAAAGCAGAAUGAGGUAGCGGCUUUGCUUUCAAGGAUGAUUUUCAUUAGACAACGUCAUAUAUGGAGAAUUGUGACCUUUAUUUCCGUAGUGUGGUAGCAAAAGAACAAUGGAAACCCUUGCUCUUCAACCUACAGCAAGCUCUCCCUAGGGGAAAAAAUUAAUAUGUUUCAUGUGUCAUAAGCUCAAGUGGUCCUCUGUAUGUUGUGUGGAGUCUAAUAAUAUACUCAAAGCAAAUGUGCACCGGACGCUUUUCAUUGUGUGUAGUAGUGGUGCAGGAACUGUAUUUAACAAGUUCACAGCUCUUAUAACAAGUGUUGAAAAUCUCUGGGUAGUGCAUGAUGACAUAUUAACCACCAGAGGGAGCCAGAGUAGGCUUUUUAGUGCAGGCCAUCAUUAUUCUCAACCAGGGGUCUCCAGAACUGUGGAGUUCCUCAGGACAUUGUCAAGAGUUCCAUGAAAAAGUGUGGAAUAAAUGCAUUUUUAAAACUGAUAAUACCAUGAAAAAAUUCCAAAUAUCCCUCAAACCUUUUUUGGCCUGUAAAACAUUUUGAAAGGUAGGGGUUCUUCAGGAUUUGAAAGAUAAAUUUAGAGGUUCCUCCAUGGAAAAAUGUUUGGGAAAUGGGAUGCACAAUGAUACAGCGUGUCCUUUGGAUUUCAGAGGCCCCAAAUUCAAUCCCUGGCCACUGUAGGUGAAAAGAUUUUGGUAGGAGGGCCAAAAAACGUUAUUUCCUUGUUGUGAAAUUGUUGAUUUACUAACUAACAAGUAUAUGUAACGUGUUCCUAAAAUCAGCCUCAGUGCUAAAUGUCACUCCAGUUUUUAAAAAGGGCUCCAGAGAGGGGAUCUACGAGAUUACAGGCCAGUUAUCCUAGCAUCUGUUCCAGGUAAAUUAAUAGAAACUAGUAUAGUGGCGAGGGUGGAAGACUAGGAGCUAAACUACAUGAGACAAACUGAAUGAGGAUGCUCAGGUGAAGGGAGACACAAUGUUUGCCAGGAAGCAUAGUUUGAACUUCACCUCUCUUUACAGAGCUGGCAAAGAUCCCUCAGAGAGUUUGUUAAUUUCGCCUCUCAACAGAGCAAAAAUAGUUCCUCAGAGGGUUUGUUAAUAAUUGUCAAAGCCUUUGGGAAGGCAAAAUGAAAAUUAACAAACCUCUUAAGGAGAGAUCUUUGCAGGCUCUGUAGAGAGAGAGGUGAAAUUAACAAACCCUCUGAGGAGCAAAGUUUGCUGGCUCUGUAGAGAGGUGAAAUUCAAACUACACUUCUGUUGCAUCUCCCUUCACUUCAGCAUCCUUGUGUUAAUUCAUCUCGUGUAGUUUAGCUCUUGGAUGUGGCCAAUGCAGGUUUGAUUUCUUACUCUGUUUAUGAGAAGAGUAAUGUAAGCCACUUUGGGUCCCCAAUGGGGAGAAAGGUAGGAUAUAAAUGAAUACAAUAAAAACAAAUUAUUAAGCACACUGAGGAACAAAACCUACCGAGGGAAAAUCAGCAUGGCUUCUACAAAGGGAAGUCCUGCCUCACUAACUUUGUGGAGUUUUUUUGAGCAGAUUAACAAGCAUGUGGAUCUGGUAGAUAUAUACUUGAACUUCCAGAAGGCUUUUGACAAGGUAGCUUUCCAGAGGCUCCUGAGUAAGCUUAGCAGUCAUGGGAUAAGAAGUUGGGUCCUCUUAUGGAUUAAAAGUUAGUUAAACAGGAAGAAACCGAGAGUAAGAAUAAAUGGACUGUUCUUACAAUGGUGGAAUUGAGCAGUGGGGUCCCACCAGGUUUGGUAUUGGGACCAAUGUUAUGUAAUUUGUUCAUGUAUGAUUUGAAACUGGAGGUGGCCCUUCCUUUGCUCUUCUGAUCUCAGGUUCAGCAAGGCUGCAAAGGGUCUUUUGCUAAGACCUGUAAUCACUUGUGAAACUUAGGACGUGUUUUCAACACAGCCCUAUAGAGUUUGAUUCCUUUGGCAUAAGGGGAAGCCUCCCAUAUUUUUUCAGGCAUUUCAACUUAACAGUGAGCUAAAAAGGCUGUUUGAAUGAAUAAAAUCUAUAUUCAGCGAAUGUUUUUGCUGUUGUGUGCUCUUUUAUGCCUUCAUUUGCAGGUAUUAAAUAUUGACUUCCCUGCUUUUAGCAUGCAUUUUUCUCUCUGAUCCUCAAAAGAUUAUUUUUGUUUUUCCUUUCUUUUCUGAACUAUUUGUGGAACUAUUUUUCCUUAAUCUCUUUCAUUCUCAAGAGCCCAUCUCUCUCUGAGCUGUACAAUAGACGCAAUAAAUUGAUUUUUGUGAGAUGAGGCUGCUUUCUGCAUCCUCUAACAGACAUGACUCAGAAGGUAAUGCCAAAGCCCUCAUAUUUCUGUUCUGUCCAUGGUUAAUAAGUCAAAUGUGAGCUUUUAAAAAAAUAAUCACGUGUUCUUGAGAAACAAAAAAUAAUGAUUUCCUAAGGUGUGAGUGCCUCAGCAUUAGCUUUAGUUGACUUAUCUGCAAUUUAAGAUGAGCAAAAUCCUGUUCGGUUUUUAUAAAAUGUGAAUGAGCUGGGGAAGAUGAUCAAAUGGCUGUCAUGUUAAUGGAAUGAAGAAGGUGUACAAUACAGAAAGCCCAAGGUAGGGAGUUUUCUUGUUUUGUGUUUUAUUAUAGCAUAAAUUUCCAAACACAGUGCUGGGGAGGUCUAUUAUGCAGCGAGAGAACAACUACAAAGCCUCAAGAAACUUGUAAGAUUUUUGGAAGCCCCAGACACCCACCCAACAGCUUCUGCUAUUGGCUGGUAACUUUUCCUUAUCUCUCGCUGGGCAUGAUUGAUGGAGCAUUCAUAGUCACAUAUACUCAGAAGUAAGUCCAAGUUUAAUCAGUGAGGCUUACUCCGUCCUAGGAAAGUGUUACUAGGAUUGCAGGCUGAAUUAUCCAAAGACCCCCUUCGCAUUCAAGGAGGUCAGCCCAGAACAGUGACUCAUACAGUGACAUAGGGCAGACUCCUGUUAUCCACCAUGUAAGAAAACCUUUUCCGUUAUAAGGGAAGUAUGUAUUUUUAAUUCAGGGGGACAGUGCUUCAGCUGCAGAUGAUUUGGGACCAUCAUGUUUUGGUAUGGCAGAUACUAAAAAGACUGAAAGUUGCAACGUAGUGAAGAUACGUGCCCUGAAUCCAGCAUUACUGAUGCACAUUCAGGGCUCUGCACAAGCAGAAACUGCUCUUGUUGCCUUUAUAGUAGGGAGUGCUCUGAGUGUGAAAGCAGGAAACUCCUUGUGCAUGAUAACUAAAUGGAACGUCGUAUGUUGAGUCAGUACACCUCUGAAUAUCUGCAUGACGUAGGAAGCUACCUUAUACUAAUUCAGGCUACUGGUCUAUCCACAUCAGCAUUGUCUGCUCUGACUGGCAGCAGCUCUCCAAGGUACCGGGUUGGGAACUUUCACAUCAUCAGCCACCUAAUCUCUUCUAUUGGAUAUGCCAGGGUUUGAACCUGGAAGCUUUUGCAGGAAAAGCAGACGCGCUUCCAUUGAGCCACAGCCCCUGCAGGUGCUAGUGCUGUGUACAGACUGUUGUCUUCAUAUCAUUCUUGUGAGCUACUGCAGGCCUUUGGCUAGGCAGUGUUUGAAGCAGAAUAGUAGACCGGAUAGGCCUUCGUCUGGUCUAGCGAGACCAUUCUUCCCCUCUGUCUUCUUGGAGCUCUUCCCAUCCUAAGCGGCGGCAAGUGCCUGACUGAUGCAGAGCCAUGCCCUCUGAUUCUGCCUGCCUUCAAUGCAUUCAGACAAAGAGGGAGAUUUUAGUUUUCCCCCUCUGUCAAAAUUGUCACGCAGGGUAAUGUGAGUGAGUAGUUGAGGCUUACAUUCCUUUUGAAAGACUAACAACCAGUUGCUUUCACCCUUUGUGCCCAGUGGCCUCUGUGCGAGUUCUUUUGUAUUUGUUAGCCACAUUCUGCUUUUUGCGGUGGAGGUUUUGUUUGGCUGAAAGGCAGCCUAGAAGUUUAAAAAAUAACCUGGUGAAGAUGGACUCGGUCAUUUUCUUGCUGGUAAAUAAGCCAUUCUUCUGGUUGCCCCUGGAGACCAGCCGCGGAUGCUUCAGCCCAUCAGGAAAGGGCUCGGUUUUCUUUUUUCACUGCAAAUGCCUGCAUGCAAGUUUCAUGCAAGUUUGGAGGACAGCCUGGAUCUGGCCCCUUAGAAACCAGGUGUGAGAGGAAAAUAAGGCUUUGCCUCCACAGACUCCAAGAAAGAGGUGCAAAUCUAUUGUUUUCAAGGGAUUUAAAAUGUUUUCUGUUUUUGAAAGAUUUUUUUAAAAGUCAUGUCUCUGUAUAUAUUUUUCUUGCUUGAUUGUGAUUUUAUUGUUGUUGCCUCUGUGGAUAUUGUAAAGUUUUAUGCUGAGUCACCUUGAGCCCGUUUCAGGAAAGGCAGGACGUAAGUUUUUAAUAAAUGAAAUGGGAGAGCUUGGGGGGGGGGUAUGAUUGGCAGGCCACGAUUGACGUCAAUGGCAGGAGUGUCUUCGUAGUACAGUCUCAUUCUCCUAUUGGCCACUGGGUGUCACCCUUGGAGCUCCCCCAGGUAUAAUCAGAAGUUGGUCAAAGCCUUAAGUUUGGGAGAGUUUUCAAACUCCUUUUGAGGAAAGAGGAGGAUUUGUGGGGAGACAAAAGAAACCCGAAGAAAAGUUGUACAUACUGAAAGUGCUUGGAAACUUACGUUUGUGACAAGUAUUCUUUUGUUCUUUAUGUCUGCAAAUCUAAUUAAAAGGCUGUUUUGA